AUGAACAUUCCUUCGCUUCUCUCGCAGCUCGAGCAUGCCACGACGUCGGACAAGAAGGCAAGAGCUAUCCAACACUACCUCAACAACCACAACCACCACUACACGCUCGUCAUCGAGCAGCUCUCAUCUUCCAUCCCUGCAGGCGGUACAUACUUCAGGGCCAAGUAUGGCAUGGUCGAGAGCGAAGCUGGCAUGCUGCGCCAGUGGCAGCGCGAUGCAUGGCUCCUGCAUGAUGUUGUGCGCGUCGUCUGCGAUCUGUUCACAAACGAGGAAUCUUUCACCGUGAAGUUCGCGGCGCUGGAGGCCCUCCGCAGGCUGAGACCGAGGGGCGAUGAGACGGCCAAGGAAGCUCUGCUCUCUUUCUUCGGUGAGAAGCGAAACUUCUUCGGCCACAAGAUCGAGGCAAAGCACAGCCUGGCGGAGAAGGCCCUGGAGGUGCUCACAAGCAUCUGCGACUGGUCCGACGUCCACGUCCUCUUCCGCCUCUCAGUCCUCCUGCGCGUAGGCUCCUGUUGCGAGGAGAUGUGGAUAGCAGACAGGGUAGACCUGCUCAGGUCCUGCCUGCGAGAUGAGGGGAGCGGAAAUGAAGUUCCUCCUGCACUUACCCGAGAGCUUCUCAAGGUGGACGUGAAGCUUUCUACAGGCAAGGAGGGAGGAGGAGGUUCUGAGAGGGCGGGUGAUGAUGCGGAGCAGGGAGAAUUCUGCAAGGACUGUAUGCUCUUGUUGUCCAACCCGCUCGAGGAGGAGGAAGCGGCGUUGAUGCGGGAUGGUCUACAUUAUUUCGGGCCUUGCGCCAAGGCAAACUCUGUCUUCUCGCAAGCACGGGAGAUUGUCGACGAUGUGCCUUUGGAGAGCCUGUGCUGUGAUGUCAAGGUGGAGGACGAGGUCAUGGAUUAUGACCCGAUGCAGACAGGGGCCCCUCGUGGGUUUAAGUUGACCAUCUCUAGCGAGACAGGAGUGGUGGAGGAGGCGAUCGGACGGGCCGUGUAUCACCCUCGCUUCUCCAACCUUGUCCUCCCGCUGCAAGAGCUGAUGAGUGACGAGAAGGGCCUCCAAUCGCCCGUCCUGAUGCAGCUCUACACGUGGGGAGGCGCUGAGCUCGGAGAAGCCAUGUACGACGUCAAGAACCGCGUCUAUCGCUCCUCCUGGCACCCUCCUCUCUCCUUGCGCUGGGAGCCCGUGGGAGGCGUCGUGCUGAGCACCGAGUUUCUGCUGCGAGAGCGGAAGGAGGAGGAGGUGGUGCUGGUGCUGGAGAACGACGUGGAGCUGACUUGGGAGCAUCGGCACCGUGUCUUCCGAGACUGGAGAUCGCAGCAGCAUCAGAGCGUGAGGGAGGAGAAGAGAAGGGAGGAAGAGGAGGAGGGAGGGAGGAGGAGGGAGAUACACGAGGGGAGAGAGGAGGAUAGGGACGGGGGGGGCGGGAGGAAGGACGAAGCUGCGAUAGAGUAUUCUAAGAUGGACUCCGCGGGUUGGAAGAGGGGGUCGAGCUGUAAAGUCACGCUGGUGGGUCUGCGGGUGACGAGAGGAAAGAGGCUGUUUCUUAACGCUCCUCUCCAACCUCCUCCUGACCUCGGACAGAGUUUCUUCCUCAUCGCAGAGAACUCCCUGCUGCAAAAGGGGCUCGACCGCUUCCUCCGGGACCUUCAGAGCAGGCAGCAGGAGGGGAAGAUGGAGGAGGAAAACGUGGAGCACAUGCGGGCUACGUGGAGGGCGGAGAGCUGUAUCGUCCAGCCGAGGGGGAGGGUCGACCCGGGGAAGAGCAGGGGGAUCCUGUUCCAGCUGCCCUGCAGCAGCGUGGAAGAGGGGUGCAUCCGGGCGGCGAUAAGAGGAGCAGCGGAGUUUGAGUACAGUCAGUUCAAGCGCUGCAGCGCUAAGAUGAGGAGGCUGGUAGCAAGGUUGCUGAUCAAGAUCAUGAAUCCGAACCAUCACGUCCUCCGGCACGUCGUUGAUCGUUACCUUCAGCACGUGGAGAAGGAGGGGAGGGUGAGUGAAAGCUUGCCGUGGAAGGUGGUGAAAGCAGCAUGCCUUGCCGGGCUCAACGACCUGUGCGUCUACAACAGGGAUCGGAUGUACGACGGGAAGGAAGGGACUGUUGGCGUGCAGCUGGUAUGGAAGGGCCUUGUAUCCUCCCUCCUGCAGAGCUUCCGUUGCUCCGACGAGUCUGUGAGAAUCAUGGCGCUAAGGAUCAACGGCAGGCUGCUAGAGUUUCUCUUCCGCAGCGGGAGCAUCGACAGAUUUUUCUGCAGCGUCCGGAGGAACGACAUGGACAUUGACAAGGACUUGGAGGAGGAGGAGGAGGAGGAGGAGGCGGACUCAAGUGUCUCCUCGCACCAUCGUCUUCAGUGCAAGUUCCGAACGAGCUUUCAGAUCCUCAGGAGGGCCUUGCGCGACAGAUCAUCUUCGGUGAAACAGGACGCGGUCCAUCAAUGCCAGCUCCUUCACAAGAAGUUUCAGUUUUCUCCCUCGUGGCUGCUCUCCGACCUGCAAGCUCUUAUCCAGGACAAGAGCGAGCAUGUCCGAACGGCGGCCCUGCAUUGCCUCGCCUCCCUCUGCCCCAGCAACAGGCUGCACAAGUUCCUGGCGAGGGAGGAGGGGCGCCUGCAGGUAGGGAUCAGGAUCGGAGUAGAGAGUUUGACCUCGUUCAGGGGUCAGGCUUGCCUGUCCCGCAUGUUCGUUACCCUUAGCCGACUCAACCGCCUCCCUCCCCUCCAGGUGGACCUGCACCAGUGGCAUCCUCCUCUCAUCUGGACGUGGGAGGAGGUCGGCAGGACUGGAUGGAUCGCUGAGAGGGGGCACGAGCGCAAGAACUUUGUCAACCUCCACGUUGAGGAGGAAGGAGUGAGAGCAGAACAUGCCCUCGACGUCUCCUACUCCUCCCUCCUCCUCCACGGGCUCGAAGACAGGCUGUGGGUCCGAUGCUGGGAGCAGCCGAACCAGCGGCUUCCUCCCGAGCUGGUGGGGGAGGCGAACGUGCCUGCGCAUGCGCUUCUGCGGGUAGACAAGCACAGGAUAGAGGCGAGGGGAGCCAGGAUCAGCCUACUCGUGCAAUGCCGAAAGAUCCUCUCCAGCACCAUGGCGAGCGAGUGGGGCAGCGCGAACUUGUUCUUCGUGAUCCGAGGAGGCGCAGCAUCGUGCGUGCUGUACGCGUCGGAGGUGCGGAGGAAGGAGGAGGAGGUCGAGUUCAGCCCAGUCUCGCUGUCGUUGGAGCGCUUGUCGCCUUCAGAUUCCUUGAAGCGGCCAUGGACGGAGAAUUACUUGUCUUCUCUCCUCCUCGAGCUCUGGGACUGGGACGUCAGUCGCCAGCAUCGCUUCCUAGGGAGCUGCGAGAUGCCUCUGGACGAGCUUCACAGGCUGUCGCAGGAGCUGGUGGCGUACGAGAGCGCGGUGGAGGAGGAGAAGAUGGCGAUGGAGGAGGAGGAGAGGAGGAGGGCAAGGGAGACCGGAAGAGGAGGGAGGGAGGGAGGGAUCGUUCCGAUGGAGCAGAGGAGGAGCAAGGAGUUUGUGAAGCCGAAGCUUGACUUCUCCCUUCGAAAUUUCCAGCUGGAAACUGUCGGACUCUGUGAGGUGGCCGAGGUGGAGCUGACGUGCCCAGAGCAGUGGCAUGCUCCUCUCUCCCGCGCCCCCUACAAGGACAGAGACGGCGGCCUGCUCUUCAUCCACCAAGUCGCCUUCUCCUCCGAUCCCCCUGCCCCCAUCUCCUCCCCUGCCCCUCCCUGCGAGGACGAGGAGCGGAGGCUAAGGGAGCUCUACAGCAGCGAGCGAGCUGCCUCGCCGGUCGGCGUCCUCAACGUCCUGGGAGUGGAGGGGGACGGGAACUCCUUCGACUCUGCCGACCCCAGCUGGAGGGUAAGGCAAGCGGCUGUUCGCGUCCUGUCGGAGCUCUCGAGCACCGGGGAGGAGGCGACUGCAGCUGGGCUGCUGUCGGGGUGUGCGGAUCAGGAUGCCGAGGUCCGCGCCCUUGCAGUGGAGGGCUACAGCAGGAGGCGGUUCCCUGCUGACAGGGACGCCGUCGAGGAGCUGAUCCGACAGGUGCGGUCCGGUCAGUACCUGGAGAAGAACAACUUGGAGCUGGCGGACCGUGAAUGGAGGAAGGUGAGGGAACGUGCGCUCCUGUCUCUCCCCCGCCAUGCGAGCAGGGGGAAAGUUUCCAUCCUUCUCAGCUCGGGCAGGAAGUGCGCGCUGUCCAUCGAGAGGAGGGCCAAGGAAGAGAAGAUGGCGAUUUCUCAGCUCACGGGGGAGCUGGAGGAGGUGAACGAGGAGCUGGAGCGGCACGUGGCGAAGGAGAGAGGAGAGGAGUGGGAGAGGAAGAUGAAGAGGCUGCUGAAGAGGAAGGCUGUCACGGAGAGAGAGAUUGAGUCUUCCCAGCUCUCCCUCGCCUGGCUUCUAGCAGACCUCGAGAGGACGUGGCAGGGUGUCAGGCGCCAGCGCCACCGGCUCUUCCUCCUCACCAGAGCUCUAGAGCUCGAGGCCUCGGGCGGGCCCAGCAGCGAUGUUGACCAACUUCUCGUCUCCUCCUCAGAGGAUCAGUUGGAGUGGCCGAGGGACUGGCAUCCUCCCCUCCUGCUCCCCCGCCCUCCCCGAGCGAGGGGGAAGACGCUCUUCUUCUUCCGCUUCCUCUCCGAGCUGGAGGAUCUUUGCGGCUUCGAGUUCCUCCUCCCCCACAGGUGGGAGCAGCUGCAGUUGUUGGAGCAGAUGGAGGAGGAGACUCGGCUGGCCAGCUUCUCCUACUUCUCGCACUGCUUCGCAUGGAACGCCACGUGGCUCCCUGGCAUCCAGCUCGGGAGCUCGGGGUCUCUCGCACCUGGGGAGGUACUGGAGGGGGAGCUGGUGACUUGCUGCCUGUGGUGUCCUCCGUUCGAGAGGCCGUGGAAGGGCGGGAAGGACGUCUGGGAUAGCAGCCUCAUGUGGAACAGUGCUGGGUUCCAGCUGGGGGAGGUCUCUGCUGCUCUAGAGCUGCUCACAUUUCAGGAUCAAGAGCUUCAAGGGAAAAUCGCGGUGGUCGCCUUGAGGACAAGGGAUGCGGAUGCGGAGCUGGUCAGCCAGAUCGUCACGAAGGCCAAAAGGAAGAAGGCAAGAGGAGUCGUGCUGAUCUCGCUGGAGGAGGAGAGCUUCCAGGGGAGGUUCUCAGUGGUGCAGAGCACCGAGACUAUUCCCAUCCUCUGCGCGGAGGAUUUCUUCGACCACGCGUGGAUGUCUGCCUCCCUAGAGAGUGACGACGAAAUCUUCGAUGCGGUCGUCGCUGCUCUACAAGAUCCGCACGAGCAGGUCCGAUCGACCGCAUGCCAGGCGCUGGGCAACAUAUCGCAGUAUCCGAGCGGCAAGGGGAGGUGGAGCAGAGGAAGUGUCGUUGUCCUCCAUCACCUCUGCGAGUUGCUCCUGCAGGACCCUUCCCCUCUCGUCAGAGCAAGCUGCGUGAAAGCCAUUUCCAUGCUAGGUCCAUCAAGAAAUGCAGAGGUUGCAGCAGCUGUCAUGAGAGCAGUCAAGAGAGAGAAGGAAGGUUUUCUACACGAGCAGCUCUUGAAGCUGCUGUCCAGCACUAUCUCCCCGGGCGAAGAGGAUGUCCAUCUCAACGAGCAGGCGGCGAGGGCCAAGGAAGCGCAUCAUGGCGCCCUCUUGUCUCGUCACCAGGCGGCAAGCGUCCUCUCAGAUCUCCUGUUCAACAACAUCGACUUGCAAAUCGCUCGCCAGAGAACUUUCGACAUCUAUUGGACCAUGUCUUCCAACCCGAGAUUGACUUGCACAUGGCCCGCGCACAAGUUCCAACUCAAUAAGGGGAAGAAGGAAGAUAGUGAGACCCUCUCUGCUCCUUCCUUCCUCUCCCCGGAGUUACUCGCCUGGGCCGGCUGGUUCUUCUCGCCCGACGAGGACGCGUACGACCGUUGCUGCUGCUUCUGCUGCGGAGCAUGGAAGAGCGACUGGAGGAGAGCCGAUGACCCGCUCAGCUUCCACGAGCAGAGCUGCUUGUACAAGAUCUGUGCUUUGCCAUAUGCGGACGAGAGGUUCUUGCAGGUGCCUCCUCCUCGCGAUUCGCAGAGAAAGCUUGCGAGCAAGAGCACCUGUAAGAUGAACUGGAGAAUCAAGAUCCCUACCUCCCUCGAGCUCCAGCUCGGGCUCCCGGAGGUUGGAAAACUCGCGGGGGCAGUGGAAGCCUCCUCCCUAGAGUUGGAAUAUCAUUCAGCGAUCCUCCGAUCCAACGAAGAGAAGAUGAAGGUCAACGUCGACCUAGCUCUAGAAGUAGCACAAGCUGCCUUUGGUCUGCUCGGCCGUGUGCAGGAAGAGAGCGCCUUGCUGGCCUUGAACAUGUACGUCCAGUCAGGAUGCGCAGAGCAGGACGUCAUCGAAGACGACGACGAGGCGUCCUUGCCGUCUCUACCCAGCGGGGCCAAGGUGGUGGAGGGCGUGCGAGCGGGAGUGCAGAAAGAAUGGCUGGCUGUUCGCCGGUCGAUGCUCAGCCUCGGCCAGGGGAGGAGGAGGAAGCUGAUACGAGCCAUCGCUGACUAUGCACGAUGA